AUGAAGCGUAACUUUGGAUCACUGAAUCUUGCGGCGCUAGACCUGACUCGACCCUCGACUAUCGGUGCAGAUGCCACUGAUUGUAGCCUCGAGGAUCGAUUCUCGGCCAUGGGCCCUGGUACUGAAGACUACACUAUGGACGCUAGCUCUGAGUAUAGUAGCGAUGAGAAUGUGGGCUUUCCCAUGGAGCGUAUUCAAUUGUCGACCACCACCGACAUGCACUUGAUACUACAGUCACUCUGUGAUGAUACGCCACAAAAUAUUAAUAUGAAGGACGACAUGACAGAACUGUCACUGCCGUCGGUGACUCAGUCGCACAAUGGAGACAGCGACGUCCGGACAAGGGAGCUGCUGCACCCGUCGUCAUCCGAGACUCCGCAGCCCCUGCACGCUCAGCACCAGGUAGAACUUAACGCACUGAGGUGUUUGAGUCUCAAGGUCAUGCUAUCCAACCUGUCCACACCCAACAGUAACAACAACAUCACUAGCACCAGUGCCAACGCCAGCGUCGCGUCCAACAAGCCCAACUACACAUAUCCUGGCGUGACCGACCGCACCAAAACGGCGCUUCUGCCAAUUCGCCAUCCGUCACUACAAAGCGUCUAG